AUGGAAACGAUGCUUAUUUUUGUAUUGUCUUUAAUGCUAAUUUUUGGGUUUGUGGCAUUUGCUUCUAAACCUUCUCCUGUGUAUGGGGGCUUGAGUCUUGUAGUCAGUGGGGGUUUAGGUUGUGCUAUCAUUGUUAGUUUGAAUAGCACGUUUUUGGGGUUAAUUGUGUUUUUGAUUUAUUUAGGAGGUAUAUUAGUAGUGUUUGGUUAUACUGCUGCUAUGGCGACUGAAGAGUAUCCUGAAAGUUGGGUAGAUAAUAUGGUAGCUUUUAGUAUGUUGUUAUUGAGUUUGUUAAUAGAAAUGGUUUGAUUAAUGGUGUCAGGAGAGGUAGAAGUGGUGAUGGCUGUUGAGUUAUUUGAUUCAUUAGGGAAUUAUUGUGUCGGUCAGGAUUGGAAUGGGGUAUCUUUGUUGUAUGGUUGCGGUGGUUGGGCUAUAGUAUUAUUAGGUUGAAUUUUGUUUAUUACCAUUUUGGUAGUUUUGGAGGUUAUUCGGGGUUUGUAG